CAAUGGGCAAGCAAAUAGGUAACUAAUCAAAACUCAAAUUAGAUAGGUAUUGAUCAUUUUGUUUGAAAGCACACAAUGUGUGUAGGUGGAUAUUGAUCGUUUUUAAAUAUUACAGAUAAAAGUUUAUGCAGAAGGAACCCUGAACCCCAUAGAGAUAUUUUUUGGUGUGCCAUAUGCAAUACCACCGGUCGGAAGACAUAGAUUUGCAGCACCAGAAAGACACUCCGGCUGGAGACGUACAUUCUUUGCCCAUCGAAUGCCACCAUUAUGCCCUCAAGUUGGUUUUAAUGAAAAUGACAACAUAAGCGAAGACUGCCUUUUUCUUAAUAUAUGGACAUCACGGCGUGCAGAUGGAAAAUCGCUACCUGUGCUAGUAUUUUUUUAUAGCGAGUCGUGGUUACAUGGAGGGAUCUCGCUCCCAUGCCAAAAAUUGGCAGCAGAAGGCGUUGUAGUCGUUACCGUUUCGUACCGCCUUCACCUUCUUGCUUUUUUUACGUUAAAAUCUUUGGCAGCACGCGGAAAUCUAGCCCUUCUAGACCAAUAUUUAGCUCUUUUAUGGAUACGUGAUAAUAUAGCGGCAUUUGGCGGUGACCCUACUUCUAUAACCUUGGCAGGACAUUCCGCUGGAGCUGACAGCAUUCUGUAUCAUUUGGCAUCCCCUCGAUCAGUUGGUCUAUUUCAGAGGGCAAUUCUUAUGGCUCCCACGAAUCCUUGGAAUCUUUUAGAGGAUAAAGAUGCCAGCAUGACAGAAAGAAGCUCCAGGGAGACCGCAAAAAACUUAGGGUGUAAUGGACAAACAGACCAGGAAAUAUUACAGUGCAUGAGGUCACGAUCAUUGGCUGAUAUUACGGCAUUAUACUCUAACGCGAGUUGGAGUAGAACAUUGCACCCAAUACCUGAUGACUUUUUACCUGAGUCAGAACAAUAUUUGCCAACAGCAUUGUCAGCAACACUGUCCACUAAGCAGGUCAUGCAACUUGACCUACUUUUAGGUGCUGCAGACCUUGAAUCUAUAAAUUUCAAUGAUGAAACACACGAACAACUUUUAAAUCAGAGUUCAUCACGGAUCUACGAAUACGCUACAAAUGUUGUAAUUCCGAAAUUAUUACAGACUCUUUCCAUAAAAUCAUCGGAAACAUUAUCUACGAUGACUCAGGCAGUCCUUUGGGAAUACUGGGGUACGAUGAAAAAGAAUGAUGUAGAGCGAAAUUCUAUUCAAGCUUUAGAAAAUCUCGCGCUAAUGGAGACUGCCGCAGUAUGGGGAUCAGGCAACGCUCUUCUUGCAGCCAAACUUGCUCGAAAAGUGUCCAGACUCUACGUAUAUCGCUUUUCGCAAACGUCUAAAGUUGAUCUUCGCGGACGACCUAUUAAUUAUACAGGAGCAGUACAUGGUUCAGACUUAUUAGCGCUUUUAGGGGACACUUUAAUGCUUCAAAUUGCUCGACGCCCUGCUACAACUGAAGAAAAGCAAAUUUCAGCUUUAUUUCAACAGUAUAUUACACAAUUUGUUAAAUACGGAUCUCCUGCACGAGACGACGAGUGGACACGCUACAAAGUCGGAAAUGCAAAAAUUCAUGAAAUUAGUUACAGAGCUGAUAAACGCAGUACUGCUAGAGAUAUUAGUUUUUGGCUUCAAUAUCUACCACAUUUGGCAAAUAUUAAAUCGUCUUCAGAACACACAGAACAGUUAAAAUUGGAAAAGGAUGAAAGCCGGUUACGUGGAGGUGUGUUUGCAAUGUGCGGUGUGACUGUUAUUUUGUUAGUCUUACUCGUUAUCAGCGUUUUUUUGUUACACAGAGAACGAGCUCACCGAUCAUAUACUACUGACAAUAUGCAUCAUUGA